AGCACAUGAUCUUUUCCCAUAAAAUUCAAAAGAAUAAAAAUAGAACCCACGCGCAACACCCUCGUUAUGUACUCCUAUUAACGAAUCAAAGUCGACUGUCACUGAGUCUAUCUACAAUGCAGGUAAGGCAAUCAGCGUCCAGUCAACCACGUGAUCAGAACAAAAAACAGCAUAAAAUGAAAAUGAAUAAAUGAAACAAAUUUUUUUUUUAUCCUUUCCCGUCGAUGGAAAGUCUCUGAAAAAGAGAGCCAGAGAAAAAUAAAAAUUUCCCAAAUUAUCCAUAACGAAAGGAAAUUUCAAUUUACAAAUUAUUAGGAGAUAUUAAUUCACUUUCAAGAUCAAUUAGGAAAUUGAAAUAAGAUUAGAAUGAUAAUUGUUUUGUCAAUGGAGUUAUGGAGGAUGAUAUACGCCUGUAUAUUGAUGUGUAUAGUGGCGGCAUCUGCGACGUCGUUUCCGACGUCUUCGUUUACAGCCAUGUGUGUUGGAGAGUCCAAAACGUUUCUCCACGAUCUGAAGUCUCAGUGUCCUGCUUCGAUCCCCUUCUCUUCUUUCCCUAUUCAGAUGGAUGGAGAAUCAUUUGACAGAGCAAUGAGCUCCAGUCAGGAGAUUGUAUAUACUGCCGUUUUGUUUUAUGCUUCUUGGUGUCCUUUUUCGAGCAUCUUCCAGUCAAGGUUUGCUGCUCUCAGUUCUAUGUACCCACAGAUCAAACAUGUAAUGAUUGAACAGUCUUCAGCCAUGCCCAGUGUUUUCUCUCGAUAUGGAAUUCAUUCAGUGCCCUCGCUACUGAUUGUGAAUCAGACAGCACGAAUGAAAUAUCAUGGUCACAAAGAUCUCCACUCCCUUGUGAACUUCUAUAAAAGAACUACAGGGCUUGAUCCAGUAGUGGAUAUGAGCGAAGAUAAAAUAAAUUCUUCGGAGAAUGAUCAGAAAGUCCUUCAGCUUUGGUGGGGUUCUUCAUUGAAGGGGACAUUUUCAAGAGAACCUUAUCUAGUGCUUUCUGUAGUAUUUGUCUUGUCUAGGGCUUUUCUAUAUUUUUUUCCGGAGAUUGUAUUUCGUGCAAUGGCAUUGUGGCUUGCGCACAUUCCUCAUCUGAAUAUGGGAGUCUUUGGAGAGUCGAGGCAGCUUUUAGGACGUGUUUUCCAACUGAUUGAUAUCAAGAGAAUUUGGAGCAAGUUGAAGCUGUGUAAAACUAGGAACUUUCAUAAAGGGGCUAGAAAUGCUCGGGUUUGGGCUUCAUCUCUGGCAUCUGUUUCCUUGGGCGAGUCGUCCUCAACCAGAGCAUUCCCAUCCAGGGACUUGUAAAAUAGCUCGUGUGCGUUUCAUCUUGAAUCUUCCUAGCGACCUGGAACUUGUUUGUAUCAGAUUUGCAAGAACUGGCUUCAACAGCACUUAGAUUCAAGUUCUCUUCUAGUAAGCUUUGCUCUAUCCUAUGUCGUCCUUUUGUUUUGAGAGUACUGAUAUAUGAAACCAACAUAUGUCCCAUUCAGCGUCUCAGUAGUAGAAAGAAAUCAGUCGAGUAAAUUUGAGAACAUAUAUCUUCGAUGUAUAUUACCUAGUAAUUGAGAGAGAUCCAGACUCGUAUAGUUGAAGUUUGCAAUUUUGAUCACGAUUGGUUGUCUUUGAA